CUUUCCUAUUGCCUCCAAAUUUCUUACCGUGAAUCGCAAAGCAGAAGAUGGAAACCUAUAGCCUUCUUCUUCCUCUUUGUUAUAUAUAUCCUCUGCUUUUGAAAGAUUCAGAGUAACACCGAAAAACUCUAACGUACUGUCACGAAACGACCCCGUUUUUGCUCGUUCAUGGACUCCGAAUCGGUGAUCGAGUUCUUGAGCUGCGUUCCAUUGCUGCAGAGGCUGCCGAGCUCUUCUCUCAGGAGAAUUGCUGAACUGGUCCUUGUCAAACACUAUGAUCGUGGACAAUAUGUUGUUCGUGAGGGAGAGACUGGAGAGGGAGUUUACUUCGUAUUGGAAGGAGAGGCUGAAGUUACUGGCUCCAUUAAUGCUGAUGAGCGAGAGCGACAGGAGUUCCAAUUGAAACGAUUUGAUUAUUUUGGUUAUGGUACAUCAUCUUCUGUUCAGCAGGCAAAUGUUGUUGCUUUGACUAAGUUGACAUGCUUGAUGCUACCACAUGAGCAUUGUCUUUUGUUGGAGCCAAAAUCAAUCUGGAGUGCUGAUAAAUCUCUAGGGACAUGCUCACUUGUUGAGAGUAUAUUGCAUUUGGAGCCAAUAGAAGUAAAUAUAUUCCAGGGCAUCACUUUGCCAGAUGCACCAAAAUUUGGAAAGGUUUUUGGAGGGCAGUUAGUUGGACAGGCAGUGGCUGCAGCAUCAAAAACCGUUGAUUAUUUUAAGGUUGUCCAUAGUUUGCAUUCAUAUUUUCUUCUUGUUGGAGAUUUCAACAUUCCAAUUGUAUAUCAUGUUCACCGUGUACGUGAUGGGAAAAGCUUUGCUACCAGACGAGUAGAUGCGAUACAAAAAGGGAAUCUCAUAUUCACAUUGCUCGCUUCAUUUCAAAAAGAAGAACAAGGAUUUGACCACCAGGAAGCAAAAAUGCCAUCUGUGCCAGAUCCAGAGAGGCUUCUCAAUCUGGAAGAGUUACGUGAGAGACGUCUUACUGAUCCUCUUCUUCCAAGGACUUAUCGAAACAAGGUGGCAACAAAAGAAUUUGUCCCUUGGCCAAUAGAGAUACGUUUUUGUGAGCCUAACAACUCAACCAAUCAGACAAAAUCUCCUCCCAGUUUGAGGUACUGGUUUAGAGCAAAAGGAAAACUUUCAGAUGACCAAGCCUUGCAUAGAUGUGUAGUAGCAUAUGCUUCAGAUUUAAUAUUUCUUACUGUAAGUUUGAAUCCCCACCGUAAAAAGAAUUUGAAGACAAGUUCAGUUAGUCUGGACCACUCGAUGUGGUUCCACCGCUCUCUUAGGGCUGAUGACUGGAUAUUAUUUGUGAUUUCCAGUUCUAGUGCCUACAAUGCUCGUGGAUUUGUGAAAGGUGAAAUGUUUAACAGAAAUGGAGAGCUUGUGGUAUCACUAACUCAAGAAGGCCUACUCAGAGAGAUUAAAAAUCCAAAUCCUGCUGUCACGUCCAAGUUAUGAACUGUUGUAUGCUACUAUGAAACCUGAAAGAGCAUUGCUAUUUUAUAAUCCACGACCACUUUUAGUUUUGGUUCCCAGAUAUCUGCUUAUUAGCAUAUUUAUAUUAUUAGUGGGUUUUUAUCAUCAAAUUUGUCUCCAAGGAGACAUAAUAUGUUGAGUUAUUGAUUUCUUGUGGCUUUUAUUAUAAUCAAAAUGCUGUUGAGCAGUAUAGAAUGAUUAAAUAGUUUGAUUGUAUUGGUUGGAAUAGUGAAAUAUUCAUUAAGAUAAUGUCUCAUUUAUCCUACAA